AUGGUCUUUCUGAUCUCUUCCCCUCGUAGAGAAGGCAUACCGGUGUAUGCACGUCGUAUAGAAGACAUAGCGGUGCAUGCACGUCGUAGAGAAGGCACAGCGGUGCGCUCACGUCGUAGAGAAGGCACAGAGGUGCGUGCACGUCGAAGAGAAGGCAUAGCGGUGCAUGCACGACGUAGAGAAGGCAUAGCGGUGCAUGCACGUCGUAGAGAAGGCACAGCGGUGCGUGCUCGUCGAAGAGAAGGCACAGCGGUGCGUGCACGUCGUAGAGAAGGCACAGCGGUGCGUGCACGUCGUCGAGAAGGCACAGCGGUGCGUGCACGUCGUAGAGAAGGCACAGAGGUGCGUGUACGUCGUAGAGAAGGCACAGCCGUGCGUGUACGUCGCGGAGAAGGCACAGCGGUGCGUGUACGUCGUAGAGAAGGCACAGAGGUGCGUGCACGUGGUAGAGAAGGCAUAGCGGGGCGUGCACGGCAUAGAGAAGGUACAGCGGUGCGUGUACGUCGUAGAGAAGGCAUAGCGGUGCAUGCACGACGUAGAGAAGGCAUAGCGUUGCAUGCACGUCGUAGAGAAGGCACAGCGGUACGUGCUCGUCGUAGAGAAGGCACAGCGGUGCGUUUACGUCGUAGAGAAGGCACAGCGGUGCGUGCACGUCGUCGAGAAGGCACAGAGGUGCGUGCACGUCGUCGAGAAGGCACAGCGGUGCGUGCACGUCGUAGAGAAAGCACAGAGGUGCGUGCACGUCGUAGAGAAGGCACAGCGGUGCAUGUACGUCGCAGAGAAGGCACAGCGGUGCGUGUACGUCGUAGUGAAGGCACAGAGGUGCGUGCACGUGGCAGAGAAGGCACAGCGGUGCGUGUACGUCGUAGUGAAGGCACAGAGGUGCGUGCACGUGGUAGAGAUGGCACAGCGGUGCAUGCACGUCGUACAGAAGGUAUAGCGGUGCGUGCACGUCGUAGUGAAGGCAUAGCGGUGCGUGCACGUCGUAGAGAAGGCAGAGCGGUGCGUGCACGUCGUAUAGAAGGCACAGCGGUGCGUGUACUUCGUAGGGAAGGCACAGUGGUGCGUGCACGUCGUAAAGAAGGCACAGCGGUGCGUGCACGUCGUAGAGAAGGCACAGCGGUGCGUGCACGUCGUAGGGAAGGCACAGCGGUGCGCGCACGUCGUAGGGAAGGCACACGGCAUCGGCAGAAAAUUUGGAGCGUGGCUAAUUUAUCACCAAGGACACGUGGCCUGGUUAAGAUCCGGAGCUCUUUUUUGUAA